AUGUACAACAACACAAAUGCCAAUCCCACACGCAAUAGGCAGCCCCCACUUAGAGAGACUAUCACCGUCGUCGGCAUCCCCAGCGUCUCUAUCGACAAUGAUCGUCUCGUCGUUGGCUCCUCCCAGACCAGCUCUACACGGUCCUAUACACCCAUCAAAGUCCUGGGGGAUGGCUCUUUUGGCACCGUCUGGCUCUGCGACUGGCAUACAACCUUGCCCCCAAACACACCCCUGUCCCCGAUGCAAUGCGGCCAAGGCGCUCGACCAGAAUGGGCGGGGAAAAGGCUCGUGGCCGUCAAGCGUAUGAAGAAGCGGUGGGAAGGAGGCUGGGACGAGUGUCAGAAAUUGAAGGAACUCGAGUCGUUACGCGCAAUUCCUUUUCAUCCAAACAUCAUUCCUCUCUACGACUUUUUCCUGUUGCCGACAUCCAAAGAACUUUAUUUCGUCUUCGAGUCCAUGGAGGGCAACCUGUAUCACCUCAUCAAGGCGCGCAAAGGCCGACCGCUUGCUGGAGGGCUUGUGUCCUCAAUUUUCCAACAAAUUACGCUGGGACUCGACCACAUUCAUACACAUGGCUACUUUCAUCGAGAUAUGAAGCCGGAGAACGUUCUCGUCACGACUGUCGGUCUUUUUGAUUACACGCCGGUUUCCCCAAUCGCGCCCCCAAAUGCACCAAAGGAGAGGGAUGUCGUUACCAUUAUCAAACUGGCUGAUUUUGGUCUCGCAAGGGAGACGAGGAGCCGUCCACCAUACACCGAAUACGUGUCGACGCGAUGGUAUCGGGCCCCGGAGGUCCUCCUCCUCAGCCGCGAGUACUCCAAUCCAGUCGACUUGUGGGCAUUGGGAACGAUCAUGGCCGAACUAGUCAACCUCAGGCCACUUUUCCCCGGUUCAGAUCAAGUGGAUCAAGUUGCUAGAGUUUGCGAGGUAUUAGGAGAUCCAGCGGAGGACUAUAGAGACAAUGGUGGGAAUGUUGUUGGAGGCGGUCAGUGGCCACACGGGGUUUCCUUAGCGAGAGACGUCGGAUUCCAAUUUCCAAGAAUUGAGCCAAAGGAUAUUUUCUCGCUCUUCGACGCAUCCGUGCCGCGCUCUUUAAUCCAAUGCAUUCGUGAUCUACUUCGGUGGGAUCCUGCCAAACGACUGACCAGCAAGCAAUGUCUUGACCACCUGUAUCUCCGCGAAACAAUCCAUCGCAACAACAUUCCAAUGCCUUCAGGACUUAGGGCGGCCUCCGUGUCACAAACCUCAAUCCCGAUGAUGUCGUCCCACCUCAACGGCUCUUCCUCGCACCCAUCAUUAUCCUCGCACACUCCACGCAAUGUACCUCCUUCACAUUCAAAUUCCGCACAUCAUGUCCGCCCUCCACCCGUACCGUCGCACUUCCCGGAAGUCCCGCCUCCACAGAACUCACAACCUACACCCUUACCUUCCGUUCCACAUCAGCCGAUUCCUCUACAUGCUCAGAAUGGUCGCCGACCACACCCUAUUGUUGGGUGGACAGGACCCUCACCUCAACCUGCAUCGGACUAUCCCAUGGACACAUCACCAUCGGAACCUUAUGCUAAUGGUCACGCUAAUAACGGACACUCAGAGCAUCAUCCACCAGCCGGGCAUUCCAUGCCCCCACCCAAGUCACUCAAACUUGGUCCGUUCGGGAAAAAAUCGAGCAGAUGGGCGCUUGGAAUCUUUGGGAGUGAAAAGUCGCACCAAUUACCUCCUGUGGACGAAGUCACUACGACUGCGCUUGGAACACGCAAACGUUCACAGUCGUCGAGUACAGAUGGCAAAUCUGUGCGCGACCUGUCUCCUGAACGACCCCAGGAUCUUCGAGAGGUUCAGAAGCAACAGAAGAAGGAAGCCGAGCGUAUCAACCGCGAGGCUGAGAAGGAGCGUCGUAAACUUGCAGAGAAGAUGGCCCGAGAACAAGCUCGGGCAGUCAUGUCCAAACGUAACCGGAUGCUUCGGGAAGCCGUUGGAGAGGAUAUCGACUGGUCUGGUGGAAAUCAGGAGCGUGUGGUCGACAAGGGGACCAAGCAAGCAUCGUCUGGUCCUAUCCGGCAGAAAAGCAUGGGGAACCUCGGCAAUUCUACCCUCCAUGCAGCUUCUGGAAAAUACUCUGAGCCCCCAGCUCCUCCUGUCAGCUUUGACCGGUACCGUGAUUGGAGGGGAACAGGUGAGCGUGUCGCGAAAGCUCGCAGACGCGAGUACGACGACGAUCAUUCGAUGUCUUCGUCGGAUGUUCACAGUCUCAGUCGGGUAUCUUCAAUAUCUUUCGCUACUGUGGAUAGCGAUCCGGGCCCAUCACGCCUACGGCACCACUCGAGCUUCCACCAUGCCGCCAGCUCACGGACAUCUCGGUCAUCAUUGCGCACUUCAUUUGAUGAUUUUUCCCCCUCUGCUCGGUCAUCUAAUUCCUUCUCCCUUGAAGGGUCCUCAUCUCUUGCUCAUGAAUUCGGUGCUCAUCUCAACGUCAACCCUCACAUAUCCGGGAGCGUGUCCCCACCGCCACUUCACAUGCUGUCCCUCUCCCCCACAUUAUCCCCGCCGCUUUCACCCAACCCACCCUGGAUUCAGGUGCAAGACAUCAAAGAGAACGGGUUAGGUGGACAGUCCCCACCGUAUAUUACUCUACAGAAUCGUCAAUUCAGCCCCAGCCCGCACAGUCCUUUGGACAUACACAACUACCUGCAGCAACCACCCAGCCCUUUCAAUAACCCUUCCGCACCUGCUCAACCGCCAACCACGGGGCAGACUCCGCGAUCCGCAAACUCGGCCAUAAACCCAAUAUUCAAAGUCGUAAGUCUCGAUCCUGAUGUUAUGUUGUUCUACCGUUGUCUGACCUAUUCGACAGCCCUUACCUCCCCCUCCACUACCUUCAUUACCGCUCCCUGCCGGCCAACCUCUGAGUUCUACAUCCCUGACUAA